AUGCCGCGCCGCCUGCGGCGUGGUAACGGCCAGCCGCCGCCGUCCCGGCGCCUCCACCCCCGUCCCGGCGCCUCCACCCCCGCAGACCGCCCCCCUGGGGGGGCCAGCAGCAGUGCGACUGUACCAGAGUUCUGCGUUCCGCUGACCUGCUACCGCGCCGCCGCCGCUGCUGCCGGACUGGGAGAGAAGGUUGCCUGCCAGUAUGAGAUUUACGGUUGCCUACCGCACCGAGCAGGUAAACAGGGCCGUAUCUUUCAGCGGCGCGGCGCCGUCGAUAAGCCCCGAGCCGCCCCCGGGAGGCGGCACGUGCGGACCGCCGCCGCCCCCGCCGGAAUACUAAGUGGGGGCGGCGUGGGCGGCGGCGGGCAGCGCGGCCAUUCAGAUUGGCGGCUGUCAGCCGACAGCUGCCAAGCGGCGCAUAUAAAUGCAAAGGCCAGGCCAGGCCGCCGCACCGCCCCGAUCCCGCGCGCUCGCUCGCCCCCGAGUACCAGCCAGGCAGCGCCGCUGUCGCCAGCUGGAUCAGGGAGCCACUUGGCUUCCACAUCGGCCAGUGCGGACCAGCUGCAUGCGGCCUUCAUCGACACAGCGGACGCAAUUUCCCAGAGUAGGCAAGUGGGUCGCGUCCCGCGUCGUAUCGAGCCACCAGAGCACGUGAGCCGGCAGGCCGCCCCACCGCUUCCAUAUUUAAACCCGCCGCCGCCGCCGCCGCCGCCGCCGCCGCGGCUGUUUACGCCGACGGCGCGACCCCGGCGCCCCCGGAGACCGGCGUCCGGACGUGGCAGUAAUACCGAGCCGCCGCCGCAGCCUGCUCCGCCUGUGUGUGGUGCACAGGCGCAGUGCUGA